AGGCAGUGUCAUGGCGGCGGCGGGCUCGGGCUCCUCGGCGCGGGGCGGCGGCGGCUCCUCGAAGGCGUCGCGCUGGUUCUUCAGCCGCGAGCAGCUGGAGAACACGCCCUCGCGGCGCUGCGGCGUGGAGGCCGACAAGGAGCUCUCGUACCGGCAGCAGGCGGCCAACCUCAUCCAAGAUAUGGGCCAGCGCCUCAACGUAUCUCAGCUUACGAUAAAUACUGCGAUUGUUUACAUGCACAGGUUUUAUAUGCAUCAUUCCUUCACAAAAUUUAAUCGAAAUAUAAUAUCUCCCACAGCAUUGUUUUUGGCUGCAAAAGUGGAAGAACAGCCACGGAAACUUGAACAUGUUAUUAAAGUAGCACAUGCUUGUCUUCAUCCUCAAGAGCCACAACUGGAUACAAAGAGUGAUGCAUACCUUCAGCAAGCCCAAGAGCUGGUUAUACUUGAAACAAUAAUGCUUCAAACUUUAGGUUUUGAGAUUACCAUUGAACAUCCACACACAGAUGUUGUGAAAUGUACGCAAUUAGUGAGAGCAAGCAAGGAUUUGGCACAGACAUCCUAUUUCAUGGCUACCAACAGCCUUCACCUUACUACAUUCUGUCUUCAGUACAAGCCUACAGUGAUAGCAUGUGUGUGCAUUCACUUGGCCUGCAAGUGGUCCAACUGGGAGAUUCCAGUAUCAACUGAUGGAAAACACUGGUGGGAAUAUGUAGAUCCUUCUGUUACUCUAGAAUUACUAGAUGAGCUAACCCACGAGUUUCUGCAGAUACUGGAGAAAACUCCUAGCAGGCUCAAGAGGAUUAGAAACUGGCGGGCAAAUCAGGCUGCUAAGAAACCUAAAGGUGAUGGACAGGUAGCAGAGAACUCACUUCUUGGUUCAUCUUUGGUCCAGAAUUCCAUUUUGGUGGAUACAGUUACUGGUGUAGCUGCAAACACAAGUUUCCAAAAACCAUCAACAUCAUUUCCUACACCAGUACCUCUGACCUCAGGAAGUAUUUCUGUUCCAGACAGUCAUGCACCUGAAAAUUUGGCAAUACUAGCUACAGGAAUGCCAAGUACCUCAUACAGUUUGGCAUCACACCAGGAAUGGCCUCAGCACCAAGAACAAGCAAGGACAGAACAAAUGUACUCUCAAAAACAGGAGACCUUACCUGCUGGUCAAUACAACAUGAACUUCCAGCCAGGGACGUCUGUACAGUUGCACUCUGGAGUACAUCACAGACCUGACAAACUUGCUGAGCAUUCUACUGUCAAACAAGAAUAUUCUCAUAAGUCAGGAAACAAACAUCAUGGACAAGUUGCUGCUCCUGUAAUAAUUCCUCAGAAAAUGUCUUUGGAUAAAUACAGAGAGAAGCGCAAACUCGAAACUCUGGAGCUGGAUGUGAGAGAACACUACAUAGCAACCCCAGGAGAGCAGCAGCAUAAAAAACACAUGCAGCCACAGACAGGCAGCAGCUCCUCUGUUACAUCUCCUAUUAAAAUGAAAAUUCCUAUUGCAAAUGCAGAGAAGCCUGAAAAACACUUGUCUGAUAAGAAGGAAAAGGCUGGCUCACUCAAACUCCGAAUACCAAUCCCACCCACAGAAAAGGGGGCCAGUAAGGAGGAGCUGAAAAUGAAAAUUAAAGUUUCCUCCUCGGAAAGGCAUAGCUCAUCAGAUGAGGGCAGCGGAAAAAGUAAACAUUCAAGUCCCCACAUCAGCAAAGAUCAUAAGGAGAAACACAAAGAACACUCUUUAAAUCGCCACCAUGGCAUUGGUCAUAAGCACUCCCAUGCCCAUGGUGGUGGCAGCAGUAAGCAUAGCACUGAUGGAGUAGCACCAACUGUUUUGAGGAGUCCUGUUGGCCUGAGCAAUGAUGGCAAUUCCUCUAGUUCCGGCUCUUCAAGAAAGAAGUUGCACAGCAACGAUGCUUCUCACAACCACCACUCCAAAAUGAGCAAAAGUUCCAAAAGUUCAGGUAGUUCAUCUAGUUCUUCCUCUGUUAAGCAGUAUGUAUCCUCUCACAACUCUGUUUUUAACCUUCCCUUACCCCCUCCUCCCCCUGUCACAUACCAGGUGGGCUACGGACAUCUCAGCACCCUCGUGAAACUGGACAAGAAACCAGUGGAGAACGGUCCUGAUGCCAAUCACCAGUACAGUACAAACAGCCAGCAUAUGGACUACAAAGAUACAUUCGACAUGCUGGAUUCGCUGUUAAGUGCCCAAGGAAUGAACAUGUAGUCAAUUCUUAGGUGUUUUUUCUUUACCUUUUUUUUAAUUUAAGAAUUGUUAGGAUGUGAAACUUCCUAAUCUAGCAGCAGCAACAGCAGCUGUUGCUGUUGAGGUUUCAGUAUGUUAAGUGCUGCUUUCUCCUUCACUCUGAAAAGAAAGAGGUAUAGUAAACAAGUCUUUAUCUCCACAUACGAUAGUGUUAUAAAUACUGUAAUAUCAUGGAAGGUGCAACAAUCUCAGUAUUUCUACAACUGCAGCUAAGAACAGUAGAAUGAACGUCUGCUUUUAGGUGUAUAGGAUGCCUCAGGCAUUGAUUAUUUAUGAUUUCUGAUACUGCAGCCACAAACUUUCUGUUGCUUAGGUUUUUGAAUGAGUGUAAUUGUUUUCUUGUGUAUUUAUACUGUAUGUAUGAUUUGCAUGUUUCAAAGAUAAAGGGAUUAAAAACAGUAUGCUGACAACUGUUUACAAGAAAGUGGAGAAAAAUGUACAUACAUUUUUGUAUGUUUAGAUAUACCAUAAAUACUCAGGAUUGGAGCUGCUUGUAAGUAUAACAAAAUACACAUAACUUUAUUUUAUCUUGCCAGAGUCCAUCAGUUAUCCAAACAAAGAUGGCACUUUGUCUUGUUUAUCUUUAAACUGUGUAGGCCUUAUUGGAAGCCGCUUAAAAGGGACACUUUCACUAGAGAAAGUAUCCAGUACCACGUAGGGCCAUGAACAGACAGUAUUACAGGGAGGCAGGAAGCUCCUUAUGGCCAGACCUCAGAAAUGUCCCUAGUUUUCUGAAGGAAAAAGGAAUUAAAAGUUUACAUAAUCUUUCAAUGUGAAGUGCAUUUAAAUGUUUAUUGGCUUGAUGCAGUAAAAUAGACACAGAGCUGUUAAUAAUGGUUAUGUAGAUUAAUGUGACUUAACUGCAAUUCCUAACUGUGUGGAAAAAAAAUCAUCUUUUUUUAAACAAGUCAUUAUUUAUUUUAAUAGAAUACAGGAGUCGCUGUUUCCAUUACCAGUUCAGAAUAAUUAAUACCUGUGUUCUGAAACCCAAAAAGUGUACCUGUGUGUGAUGCCAUACUUCUUUUGCAGGUGAAUGCAGUCUUCACAAUAACUAAGAAUAAAACUAUUGAUAAUCCCAACUUUAUAUUCUAACAAUAAAAUAGUUAUCAUUGAUUCUGUGCAUUGUACUUGUCAUUAGUUAACCAAUUGGAGGAUGCUUGUUCUGUUUUUCCAGCUCUGUAAGACUUAAAAAAACAAUCCCCCAGUUAAACCACUAGCAUCCAUUUUAUCUGCCUGCAAGUGUCAGUGCGAUGGCAUGUGCGCUCUUUCCAGGGUGUUUCGCUUGUCAGCAGAAAUGACAGGUGUGAAUGUUCUUGUCUACUCAAAGCCAAUACUACAGCUCAGUCACCUGGAUAGCAGGGAACUGACUUUCUGGGUGGUUACUCAAAACUAUUCAUAAGCUAUGAAGUACCUCAACAUGAACUCAGUAUAUAGUAGCAACAGCCAGUUUUCAGUGACUUCUCCUGACCUAGAAGUGAACAUUACGUGAAGUAAACCUUUGCUAAGCCACCUCAUUCUCUCUGUAACUCUCAGAGGUUAAAUCUGAAGUGUAGCCCUUUCAGUUCUGUUACUCACCUGUGCUUUAAAUGAUAAAACUGUUCAGUAUCUACCUGGUUGGUGGUAGCUGUAUUAUGUAACUACAGGUAUAUCAAUUACUAUGUAAUACUCUGUUUCCAGUAAUGCAAACGCUUGUAAUUACUUGAAUAAGUUUUAUUUGAACUAUGGAUACUUUUUUUACUUAAGGAAUAUUUAAAUGGAACCUGAUUGCAUUUUCUGCUAAAUCUAAGUUUAAAUCUUGGCCCAUGUACAAAACCCAAAGCUGUCUUAGCUCUCCUGACUUGGUUAUUUUUCUAUGUAGAGAAUGUAACUUCUUGUUACAUACAUCUGCAUUGUUGAAUAUUUUCUUUCCUUUUGUAGUCUGUUUCUUUUCCAACUCAGUGCUAUUCUUUGGUUGGAUUUUUAACAAAUGUAAUCUGCAUUAUGUGCUGUCCUAAACUGUAGCAUGGGCAGGCAGAUGAAAUAGCAGUAAAUUGUCUUAUGUUUUCUUUGAAGCACUACAGUACUUUCUUUUAGAGUUUGUUUAAAUAUUUGUGCCAUGCAAUGCAUCUUAUACAGCCACUCUGGAUAAGCAAUAUAUUGUACUGUAAAUAUAGCAAUUACUGUCAGAAUUUGAAGUUGAAAUGUCUGGAUGGUAACUAGUGCCUGUUUAACAUACAUUGGAAAAGAGCAUAGGCUUUCAUCCUAAGGUGCUGUUUCAAAAUAAAUGUUUCCUGUUUUGAUUCUGGGAAAUUGUGAAAUAUCAUGGACAAAAUGUUGUUAUUGCUGCAUUGAGAUCCAAACAGUGAUUUUUUUUUUUUUUUUUGGUGUCUCUGUAAAGGAUGUCCAUAAAAUUAAUUUGGUUUGGUUUUCAAUGUAAUUGUAAAUAUGUUAAACUGUAUGUGUCUUUGUCUGAAACUAAAUUCCAUGUGGUGAUGGUAGGGGUGGGGGGGAGGGGGAAGGAUAUGCAAUGAGAUGCCACUAGCUUUCCCUGACUGAAACUCACUGCAAAUUAGGAAUUGUGUGAAUUCCAGCCUGGCUGAGGUGUCCCAACUGAAAUAUAAUGGUUUUGGCACCAGCCUCACAAGGGAAUGACUGAAUAAAUGCAAUAAAAGGCUGAAAAGAUGACACUACUACUUUGUUCAUCAUUUUGAUUACAGAUUUUGAGUUAUAAGUUUGAGUACAUACAUUAUGUAAUUUAUAAGAUGAUGCUGUAGUGGAAACCUUGCUACAACACUAUUAAAAAUCUUACCUUUUCAUGUGAUAUGAGGUUUCUAGAAUAGUGAGAUUCUUUCAUAUGUUGAAUCUUAAUCUGUUCCUAAUGGUGGGAGUGCUGAAGUAAUGUAUCUCACUGUGACCAGGUACUUUGUUCCUUGCCUAAAAUGGCACUUCUGAAUAUUCCUUUGGCUAACUGUAAAUAUGAAUGUUUCAUAUUAGCAUAGUUGAAAUUUUGAGGUACAGCUGUUUGUGUGAAACUAGGAAAAAAAAAACCCUUUUAUUUCUAAGAACUUGUAAAAAAAUAUUUUCAAUAAAAUUCCCUACCUCACCUCUACUGUGCAGACAUGAUCCCAUUUUCCUAUGUUUAAUUCAUUUGUAAACACAAAGGAGAUCCCUUUUCAGUAAAUGGCAGAACACUGCUGUUUGUCAUCAAAUUGAUCAAACACUGGAAUGCUAUUUUAUGUCUUUUGCUUCCUUUACAUUUCAUAGGUUAGGUUAUUUGAUAACUGGAAAGCCAAGUUGAGAUAUGUUAUGCCAUCUCAAACUCCUUCCUCACUCUCCCCUUAGGUUGAGAGCUUGUACCCUGUCAAUUUAUUGCAUAGUGGCUGGCCCUACUUGAUUUAUUUUUUUUUGAGGGGGGGGAGGAGUUGAGGGGUGGAUGACAAGAGCAUACUAAAGAUCCUUGUUAGACCUUGGGGGAAGAAAGCUACCGUUUUCUCUUUAAUUGGCAUGUAAAUAAUCAAAUCUAAAAAUAAAUCUCUUAAGAGACUUGGAAAUUUUGCCACACUGAACUAGCUAAUUAAUUCCUUCUUCCUCUGAAAUGCUGAAUUCCUUACACCUUUAAAUAUAUAUACAUAAUUGGAGCCAGGAGCCUUCUCUUCUCUUGCUGCUGGGAAUGACUCUGGUAUCUGUGGAGGUGGAGAUGGCAAACUCAAAUGCAUAACCUUAACAGUUUCAGUACUUGUGUUUGAUUCCCCCAUAUUCCAGCACUUCUCCUUCUGAGGCUGUCUCACAGCAUGAUCCCCAUCAGAAUUGUAAAGUAGAAGAGAAAAGCGCUCUACUGUGCCUACUGGAAGCCCUUUCUCAGCAGAACUCUUGACUUGUGUGCAAGAACAAGAGUUUUGAUGAGAGCGGUGUAGGAAAUGGCAUUGGUUCGUGCUGAAAUUUGUGAAAAUACCCUUAUUUUGAAUCCAACUAAUCUUAAAAGACCCUGGGUUUUCUGGGCUUAUUGUCUGCUUCCUUGAAAAGUUGAUGCAUGUGUUUGGAGAUGCACAUUUAUAUGUCAUAGUGCUGUUUAUAGUUUUAAGACCAGUGUAAAUCAGCUGGAUUAGCAUGCCUAAGACCAUUCUGUUUUGCUUGGAUCUGAGCAACAACUAGCUCAGAGCUUUCACUAUUGCUGUGUAGAUGAACUACUGGGUAUCUCCUACAAUGAUAUAAGGACAGUGUACUUCCACAGGGUCUCACAUUUAAGCUCUAAAUCUUGAGGGAACUUGGCAUCACAGCAAGGUGGUCCAACCUACUACUUGACAACCUUUGCACUUUGUAGUGGGUUCUUAACUAGUUUUAGAAAUGCAGACUGAACCCUUUAAAAGAUAAAGGCUUGCCCUGAUGUAAUACUACAAAUAAUUAAGCAACUGGAACCCUCCUCAGUGAGUCACUUUUCAAUAAAGGUUUUUUUAAGUGUUAGAGGUUUUUCACUGUUUUUCCUUACUCCAUGAGAUACCUUAUUACAGGUAUCUGGGUUUUGAUGUGCACACCUAUGAUCUCAUCAAGAAAUAUGCAAUUUAGAUUGUUUAUAGGACAUUAUACUAGACCAGACUCAGGCAAGUGACCCAAGGCAUCCUAAAUCAAUUCUUUAUUUAGCCAUGCUGAGCAUAGGGCCGAGAUGCACUCGCACCUCCCCUGUUCUCCAGCGGGGCUGAUCUGAAAUACCUUUGUUGCAGGUGCUGGCCUUAACCACUUCAUUAUCUAAGUCUGGUAAAAUGAAAGAAAAAAAUGUGCUUUGACAUUUUGAUUUAAAAACUCAGGUUAAAUGUUUAAAAACCUUUAGAUUUGAGACUAAUUUUAGUGUAAUUACCUGAAUUAAACAUUACAUUUAAAUUGCAAAUAACAUAACCUUACUGUUGGAGAACUCAGACUAACAAAAGACGUUAGUUUUGCUUAUAAGACAGAUGCAUAAGAAGGGAGUUUUGUAAUUCUGACAUUUUUAAAUUAGCUAUAUCCUAAAGCAGUCCCAUUUUUUUUUCCCAGCUUAUGAUAGCCAUCUCAGUUUCAUUUCAUGCUAAAUACUCAUGUUUACUUUGCAGCUUUGUUGGAGACACUACCUUAAUCUGAGAAGAAUUAGUAUGCAUCAUGGAAUUAUGUACAUCCCACCUGAGUUCAUAUGCCAGGGCUCCUACCUUUAUUCUGCAAGGUAUUUAACAGGAAGAUUCUUUAACAUGAAGUUGCCAUGGAUUUUUAGCAUGAGGACCAACUGGUAUUCCUUAAAAUGGGAUUGGUACCUGUUUGAACCUUGAAAAUGGCUGUGAUGUUAGGAUUUCUCUUAUACUGGCAUAAUACUCUGUCAUUGUCAUGUGACAUUAUACCUACAGAAACUAUUAAUAAAGAAUUUUGCUAGAA